AUGUGGCAGGGAGCCGGGGCCCUGGCCCAGCCGCGGCAGGGCUCCUCUCACCUGCCGCAGCAGCUAAAGUUCACGACCUCCGACUCCUGCGACCGCAUCAAGGACGAGUUCCAACUCCUGCAAGCCCAGUACCACAGCUUGAAGUUGGAAUGUGACAAACUAGCCAGUGAGAAAUCGGAGAUGCAACGUCACUACGUCAUGUAUUACGAGAUGUCCUACGGGCUGAAUAUUGAAAUGCACAAACAGGCUGAAAUCGUCAAGAGGCUAAAUGGGAUUUGUGCGCAGGUUCUGCCCUACCUUUCACAAGAGCAUCAGCAGCAAGUCCUGGGAGCCAUUGAACGAGCCAAGCAGGUUACGGCGCCAGAACUGAACUCCAUCAUCCGUCAGCAGCUUCAAGCUCACCAGCUGUCGCAGCUCCAAGCCCUUGCUCUGCCUCUGACUCCGCUCCCCGUGGGCCUCCAGCCCCCGUCCCUCCCUGCUGUCAGCGCUGGCACUGGGCUCCUCUCUCUCUCGGCCUUGGGCUCCCAGGCUCACCUCUCCAAGGAGGACAAGAAUGGCCAUGACGGGGAUGCCCACCAAGAGGAUGAUGGGGAGAAAUCGGAUUAGAGUGAAUG